AUCGUUGCAAUUGAUGUUCGAUCCAGAAGAGAAGGAAGAGAUCUUCGGAAAGUGGGUUUUUAUGAUCCGAUAAAGAAUCAAACUUAUUUAAAUGUUCCUGCUAUUCUAUAUUUCCUUGAAAAGGGCGCUCAACCUACGGGAACUGUUCAUGACAUUUCAAAGAAGGCGGGAGUUUUUAUGGACCUUUCUCUUAAUUAA